AACGGUCCUGAAGGCGGAGGGAAAAUUAAUAGUACACGCAUGAUCCCAAAGUAAAUACAUACAGAAAAAAUGCGCCAGUAAUCGCAAUUGGAACUCAAAGAGACAAAGACGGUUGGUUUACUUUUAAACACAAUCCAAACCCCUAAUACCUCUCUCUCUCUCUCUCUACAAUCUUUGAUCGUAGUUGCAAGGCCGAUUGCGACACUCUAUCCGGUGCGUAGUCGUCGAACGGCUCACCGGAUCUUUUUCUGGCGAGGUAAGGCUUCUAUGUGAACUGGUCCUGAUUGCCCUGAAAAAGUUAGGUUUUCUGUUUAUUUAAAUUAAGAUCCGGUAAUGCUUAAUUUGGGAAGGGAUAAUGUGCCUUCGAUUGGUAAUUAGUGGUUAACGUCUUAAUUUAUUGAAAAUUGGGAGGUUAAUUGGAGUUAAUGUAUGAGAUGGAAGAGAGGGUUGGAUUUGUGAAGAAGAAGACUUCUUCAGGUUGCUUGAUUAUAAAGAAGAAAGUGGAUGGGAGUGGCGGGGUUAGGGCUUCGGGGCCGAGAAAGGUUUUCGAGCCGAAUAAGGAGAGGGAAAGGCGGCAUUUGGCUCGCAGUGAGUCGGAGUCGAGCGAGGAGUUGUUAGAGCCGUAUCGGACGGAAGUUGUUUCCGGAACUGAUAAAGUCCGUAAAGCUUCAGUUGUGUGUCAUGGGGGCCGCGUGGGAGAUAGCAAGUUUGGUCGGAAUGGGGAAAUUUGGAGUGAGAGGAAGAGAAGUUUAGAUGUGUCUGAGUUAAAUGAUCGUGAUUGUAAUAGUGGAAAGAGGACGAGGCAGGAGGAUAGGUUUAAGAGUGACAGGAAGUUUGAGACAGGAUCCAUUAGACAUGUCAAUGGGCAGAAGUAUUCGCAUUUUGAUCGUAAUACAAGUAACUUAUCAAGUGGGACGGAAGAGGUGAAUGGGUAUUCGGCUAUGAGUAGGUUUGAGAUUGAGGAUGGUGAAGCUCAUCAACCCAUGUCUUCCUUGAGACAGAAGUGCCAACUAGUGUCUCAUGAUACUAUCAGGUUGCAGGGUAAAAAUGGUGUUUUGAAGGUGAUGGUGAACCAAAAGAAGAAGAAGAUGGAACCGUUUCACAAAUUCUAUGAACAUCCAUUCGAAUUUGAGGAAAGAAAGGGUUCUAGGAUAGAACCGCUUCACAAAUUCUAUGAGCAUCCGUUCGAAUUUGAGGAAAGAAAGGUUUCUAGGCAUGAAAAAGAUGUAAAGAAUAACGUACUUCCCGAACCUUCGAUUUACUUGGAUUCACAACGCCCUGAGAAAACGAUUUCAAUUGCUAGGACAGUGAAGAAUGAUAUAAAAUUACGAAAACCACUUUCCAUUAGUCCUGGGGUUGGAAAUUCAGAAUCGGACGACAGUGAUAAGUUACUGAGGCUGGGACCCACAAGCACACAAGAUUGCAGCUCUUUGAAAGGGAUAGAGAAGAAUGGAGGGAAAUCUCCAUUGGCUGAAAAGAUAGCACCAGUUGAAGGAAAGGAAGGUAAAGCCAGACGUGGUUACGGGACAGAAAAGCAAUUAUUGCGUGACAAGAUAAGGAGUAUGCUUGUGAGUGCUGGCUGGACAAUUGAUUAUAGACCCAGAAGGAACAGAGACUAUUUAGACGCUGUGUACAUUAAUCCCAAUGGAACAGCGUACUGGUCCAUUAUCAAGGCUCAUGAGGCUUUUCAAAAGCAAUUGGGAGUAGAAGCUGUCGAUAUAAAACCUAGUUCUCAGUUUACUCCAGUGCCAGAGGUAUUACUUAGUAAAUUAACCAGGCGAACCCGGAAGAAGAUUGAAAAUGAAAUGAAAAUGAAGCAAAGAGAAAGUUGUGAAGGAGUUGACAUCGAAGAGUCUGUAAAGGGCAUCGACGGUGAUAAAGGUUAUGAGAAACUAAGUUUUGUCAGGGGGCGGAGUGGUAAUUCACAGAAUGGGAGAUCGCAUGAAGUCACUUGUGCAAGUGGAGAUGAUUCGAGUGAUACUUUAUACAAAGGAUCACCCAAGCAGGAGGGGGCUGAAAAAUUAUGCAUUGCAUCCAAUUCUGGUAUUAUACGAGGACGAAAAUGUCAGAACAUUGGCGGACGUACGUUGUUGAUUCGAAGUUGUGAUAAGGGGUUAAAUUCAGAGCGCGAUGGCUAUGUUCCGAAUAUGGGAAAAAGAACACUGCUUUCAUGGCUUAUUGACUCUGGAGUGGUGCAUUUAAGUGAAAAAGUGCAGUACAUGAACCAAAGACGGACAAAGGCAAUGCUAGAGGGCUGGAUCACAAGAGAUGGCAUACAUUGUGGUUGCUGUAGCAAAAUCCUAUCAGUUUCGAAGUUUGAGAUUCAUGCCGGAAGCAAAUUGCGUCAGCCGUUCCAAAACAUCUAUUUGGAGUCUGGUGUUUCCCUUUUACAAUGCCAGAUUGAUGCAUGGAAUACACAGGAGGAAUCCAGACGCUGUGGUUUUCACACUGUCGACAAGAUUGGUGAUGAUCCAAGUGAUGAUACUUGUAGCCUCUGUGGUGAUGGUGGGGAUUUGAUGUGUUGUGAUGGUUGCCCUGCAACAUUUCAUCAGAGCUGCUUAAUCAUAAAGAUGCUUCCCCAUGGUCAUUGGCACUGUCCGAACUGUACAUGCAAAUUCUGUGGCAUUUCUAGUGAGACUACUGCUCCUGGGAAUGGUAAAACAGUCUGUGCACUUCAGACAUGCAGCCUGUGUGAGAAAAAAUAUCACAAAUCCUGCAGUCAGGAGAUUGAUGCUUUACCUGAUGAUUCAAGUUGUUCAACCACUUCCUUUUGUGGGCAGGAGUGCCUAGAGCUCUUUGACAAUUUACAGAAGCUUCUCGGGGUCAAGAAUGAAUUGGAAUCAGGAUUUUCAUGGUCUCUCAUUCAUCGGACAGAUCUAAACACGGAUACAUCACACUGUAGUUUCCCACAAAGGGUGGAAUGUAAUUCUAAGCUAGCUGUUGCACUCUCGGUUAUGGAUGAGUGCUUUUUGCCUAUCGUUGACAGGAGGAGUGGAAUCAAUUUAAUCCAUAAAGUUCUCUACAACAGUGGAUCAAACUUCAAUCGGCUGAACUAUAGUGGCUUUUAUACUGCCAUUUUGGAGAGGGGUGAUGAAAUCAUUUCUGUGGCCUGUAUCAGGAUCCAUGGGACCCAACUAGCAGAGUUGCCAUUCAUUGGGACACGCCAUAUGUAUCGACGCCAAGGGAUGUGCCGUCUGCUUUUUCGUGCUAUUGAAUCGGUGCUCUGCUCUCUCAAAGUUGAGAAAUUGGUUAUACCUGCCACCUCUGAGCACAUGCAUAUAUGGACUGUAGUUUUUGGUUUCAAUCCAAUUGAGGAGUCCCACAAGCAACAAAUGAGAUCCAUCAAUAUGUUGGUGUUUCCGGGUACAGAUAUGUUACAAAAGCUGCUAGUGGAACAACAAAUCACUGAUGGGAAUGUAGCUAUAUACUCAGGUAAAAAGUGCGGUCUAAUUCAACACAAUCAUCAUCUCAUGCCUGUUGUGGCAAAAAAAUCUGAGGUGGAUUCCUCUCCUGGUUAUGAUCUCAUCAUUUGUAAGGAUUCUGGUUCAGAUGAGAUGAAUAACAAUGCUGCUCCUGAAACUUCCAAUUUGCCAUUCCCAGCUAUUAUCUCAGAUGAUAGUGCUUGUAGAAAAACUCUUCAUCUGUCUGUAGAAAAAUUGACUGAAUCUUAUGCUGAAUCAAAGUGCCCCACGUCAUCAGAUGCAAACUAUGUUCACCUUAAGAUGGAAAGCUAUGUAUUGGAUCAAUGAAGUAAUGGUUGUAAGUCUUCUGCGCAGGGGGUCAUGGAUGAUGUUCAUGAAACUGAUCCCAAUGUUUCUUUUAUUGAACAAGUUUCUGAUCUCGUGGAUGAAACUUCAACUGUGAAUGUGGAGAGAUCAAGGGAGAUCAAAAUCUUUUUUCCUUUUCCAUUGUGAAUGGAGCUGACGAAAUGCAGUUUAACUCUGAUUUUAUUCCUAAAAGCAGUUGAAUUAGAAGGAUGAAAACCGAUCAUUUGAAAGGACAAGUUUCUUUUGUUGGACCUUUUCUGGUUUCUGCAGUUGGGAUUUAUGCACAGGGCACUCAGGCUGUGUUCAGAUCACGGAUUCAGGUAUAUCUUGAGUUUGGGUAGAGUUUUGUGUGACAAUGACAGCACUUGAGACUGGAAUCCUGUUUCUGUUAGAGACAAAUCUGACUUGAACAUGCUAAUACCCUUGAAAUGCAACAAAUACCUCUGCUGAACCUGUUCUCACUUCUUUGGAUCUGCUUUUUAACAGAGAUUGCAACCGAGGAAGUCAGACGAAGAUGCUUUGUUUUGACUUUCCAUGUAUCUGAUAGUUGUACUUGUAAUUUACUCUGAUUGGAUUCAUCAUAGUGCAAACUGCAAGGGAAGCCGAAUUACAUGUGGAUUCAGAAGCCGUGUUUGAAGGAAUUCCUUGUCAGAUAAAUAUUUGAUCUUGUACAGAUUGAUUGGCAACAAAUAAUACAUGUUACAUAAACCAAAUGAUCGGGACACAAGGUUUGGUUUGGUUAUUUCGUGCAAAUUGAGGGACCAAUGCCAUUUGGAUCUCCUUUUCCGUGAUAUUAUCAUUGGCAGCAGGUUGAUUAGCUUACCGAUUGAAGGCUUUGCCCUCAUAGUACCAAUAAAAUGCCAUGGUUCACUGGGGAAAUUCUUGCAACCUGUGCUGCUGCUAAGUAUGAGAAUUUGGGACUUCAGAUCCAAUACAAAGCACGGGAGAUCAUCUAUCCCAGCAGGCUUGAAGAGGUUUGGAAAUGUGUCCUUUGCUGUGAUUUGCUAUUUAUUGGGAAAGGUUUGGGAAUCAUAAGACCGAAAGUUGAAGCUGGCCCUGUUUUAACAUUAAUCAUGUAUAUGCGUAGAGUUUGAUCGACAACAACUUUGAAUGAGCUUCUCUUGUGUGUAUAUUGGAUCGAGUUUCUAUUUACUGUUCCUUGUAACUUGGUUGUUACACUGACGGGGAAGGCAAUUUCUUAGGUCCUGAAACUUGCAUCAUGAUUUGUGUAGUUCGAUCAAGUUUUGGUUGUAUAUAUGAUCAAGUGUAAAUUACUCUGUUCACCGUACAUAGAGUACUUUUUAACAUCACAAAA